CUCAAGAACCAGCAGUUAUAAUUAUGACAAGAGUGGAUCGAAUAGCCUAAAACGAAGCUCCCUUUUCCUUCUCUAUCUACAAAUUUCUCUGUCCCACCCUCUCUUCCAUCCUCAUAAAAAAUCUUCCUUUUUGGGGAAUGCAGAAUUUUAUAAAAAAUUCACGCCUCCUCUAGUGGUUCCAAUUUUUGGAAGCUUAUUCGCCGGAGACAAAAUGUCGUCUGGAUUUCCCGGCAGCGUUCAGGACCUCUACGGCGGCUCCGACGGAAUCUUAAACGGAAGAUCUGUCCCCAUCAACCACCACAACGUCAGCCUUAUGCAGAGCGGCGUUCACCUUCCCUACGGCUCUCAGAUUUCUGGGAUUGUAUCCGACCCGAUUUAUCAGAUCGCUCAACGGAGGUCCGAUUUGAUCGCGAAGAGAUCCUUCGCGGAGUCUCAGCAGCUGCAGUUUCUCCAGCAACGGCAAGGGGCGUUGGGGCUCUAUCUCCGGAACGUGAAACCCAGAAAUUAUCACCACUCGUCUCCGAUAUCUCCCCUGUCUCCGGUAGAUUUUUCUUCUCUCUCUUCAAAUUCGAAUUCUCCGGUGAUGAACGCCCGGUACGGCGUCCCGGUUCUUCAACAAUUCCGGCCGCAGAAUUUAUCCCUGCCUGUCGGAAACGUGAAUUUCAACGGUAUGUUACAUUCUGAUGCGAUUAACCCGAAUUUUGCUAGCGGGGUGUCUUUUCAAAAUUCCUGCGUCCAAAACAGAGGCGCUUUGGGUUCUGUAACGGUUGGUGGGUUGGAGACGGAGAAGAAGAUGAUGAAUCAGUUACAGGAGCUUGAGAAACAGCUUUUGGAUGAUAACGAUGAGGAGGAAGCCAAUACCGUCGUCUCCGCCGUGACAAAUAGUGAGUGGUCGGAGACUAUACAGAGUCUGAUUCGUCCAACCCAGGCCCAUGGGCAGACUGAGUGCCCGAAUAUGAAUCACAAACAGCCGAUUUCGCCGGCUACCUCGUCCUCGACGUCGUCAUGUGCUUCAUCCAUGGAGUCGCCGGCGGUGACUUGCCCAAAGCUGGCCAUAUCGGAGGCGGCAACGGCGGUAUCCGAAGGAAAGCUCGAGGUUGCGUCAGAGAUUCUCACGCGCCUUGCUGUGGUGGCGAACGUGAAGGGCACCGCCGAACAGAGACUAACGGCUUACAUGGCUUCCGCCCUGCGAUCGCGCGUGAACCCGGUGGAAUUUCCGCCCCCUGUAAUGGACCUGAUUAGCACUGAGCAGGAGUUCUCCACUCAAAAGCUCUACGAAUUUUCGCCCUGCUUCAAGCUGGGUUUCAUGGCGGCCAACCUCGCCAUCCUGGAAGCUGUCCCGGAGAAGAGACUCUGUAAGAUCCACGUCGUUGAUUUCGACAUCGGCGAAGGCGGGCAGUACUUGCAUUUGCUCUACGCUCUCGCCGCCAGGAAAACAGAGCUCCCGCCGGUGUUAAAGAUCACGACGGUCACGGACGCCGCCGGCCGUUUCGACAAAAAAUUCAGGGAUUUCGAGGACCGGCUCCAGAACAAGGCGCACUCCCUCGGCUUGAGCUUGACCGUCAACAUUGUUUCCUGCUCAAUCAACGAGCUGAGCCGGGAACGGCUCGGCGUGGAACCGGACGAGGCUCUGGUCGUGAACUUCGCUUUCAAACUGUACAAACUCCCCGACGAGAGCGUGACGACGGAGAAUCUGCGGGACACGCUCCUGAGGCGCGUGAAGGGGCUAUCCCCGGACGUGGUUUCGGUUGUGGAGCAGGAGCUGAACGGGAACACGGCUCCAUUCGCGGCGCGCGUGAACGAGGCGUGUGGGUACUACGCGGCACUGUUUGACUCGCUGGACGCCACCGUUCCGAGGGACAGCAUCGACCGAGUCAGAAUCGAGGAGGGACUGGGUCGCAAAAUGGCGAACUCGGUGGCUUGCGAGGGGAGGGACCGGGUUGAAAGAUGCGAAGUGUUGGGUAAGUGGGGAGCCCGUUUGGGCAUGGCCGGGUUUAACUCGGUGCCGAUGAGUCAACACGUCGGUAACUCGCUCCGGUCCAAGCUCAACUCGGGGACACGUGGCAACCCGGGAUUCACCAUAAGUGAGCAAGCCGGCGGAGGAAUCGGGUUUGGGUGGAUGGGACGGAUACUCGCCGUCGCAUCUGCUUGGCGUUAACCCAUACUUUUAUUGUUCGGCUUCCAAACAAAUAGUUGUUGUAUUAUUAGCCUUUAAUUAAUUUAAUAAAUAUAUAUACUGAGUGUCCUAGUAAUUUUCUUUUUAUGAUUUUCUGUCUCUUUUUAAGUUGUACCAAGUUUUAUUUUUAUCUUUCAGUUCCUAUUAUUAGUUGCUAUUAAGGAAUUUAAUUAAUGGAAUUUGGCCCAGCCUAACGAAUUAAGAAUAUACUCUAGCUAGUGGAGCGUUUCAAAUUUCAC